AUGGCAUUAACUCGUUUCGCGCUUAGAACGAAAUUUCUUUCGGAAACUAAUAUUGGCGGUUCUAAUACCAUUUUAAAAAAUCUAACGCAACAAUGUACCAAUACUCUUCCCAAAACUCUUUUCAACCGAUCGCGAACGUAUUCGAGUAGCAAUUCUCUCAGAAAACAUGUGAGAACCUCACCGUUCUUAAUCAACAACGCGUCUUCGAACCUCUUAUCAAACGCCUCCAGACUUGGUGUGAUCUAUUGUAGUCGUGGAUUGAUCACUGAACCUGGAAUGGUUGUACCUACAUUGCAUCGAGGCAUGAGAGAUCAAAUGGUAGACCAAAUGAAAAGCUACUAUAGGGAUAAUUAUAUUGCCAAUUACAACAAAGAAUUAUUGAACGAUAUUCCUUCUUGGCUCGAUGGAAUGGGUCUAAAAGGGUUGGCCCCGUAUUUCGAAGGCAAAAACUGGGAAGAAAUUAUAGAAUUGACCAGCUGGGAACAAUUGCAGGAUCUUGGGAUCAUGCGUCCUCCUCAUAGAAAAAGACUUAUUAGAAACUUUUGGAUACUUAAACGUUUUUUGGCCAAUGAACAAGGUAUUGAGUUAGAAGAGCAAGCUCGUGACAGUGCGCAUCCAAUUCCUGAGCAUAAUGAUAAAGUCGACUUUGUCUCGCUAGAAGAUCUUCCUACUAUGCUUAAUGGAAUAUACGAUGGUUUCGGAUAUUUCGCUCCACAUUUUGAAGGUCGAAAUUGGAAAGAGAUUAUAGGGAUGAACUGGGAGGAUUUGGAAGUUUUGGGUAUUAGGUCUAGAGCUGUGAGAUCCAGGAUGAUUGGAUUCUUUUGGUCCGUCAAACGCGCUUUGGCUGCUGAAAAUGGGGAACCAAUACCGAAAAAAACACGAAGGUUAGGGAUCUUUCAAAGAUACGACUCCUUCCGACACAAAAACUUAUUGCACGAUAACAAUCAAGUUUAG